UGUAAAGACAAAAACAACAUAUAUAAUUCAUAUCAGCUGAUUCGUUUCUCUAAUUUAAAAGCGAAAAUAUGGAAAUACUGGAAGCAAAUUGUUAUUUCUGUUUCAACUAUGACCAUAAUCGGCAAAUCAAUACCAUGGAGAAUGUUUCAUCUUCUGUGCGGAGUAUUAUUGAAAAGCACUUUUGGUUUACGUCUAAUGAGCUCAUUGAAUUACACAUUUGUUCUGUGUGUCAAGAUAAGCUGUCGGAUUUCUACGAUUUCUACUGUCAAGUGGAAAAGGUUUACAAGCAACGCUUGAAAAAAUAUACAACUAAAAAGGAAUCAACCAAUGAGAGCAGCGAUGAAAUAGAUGUAAAAAUAUUGGUGGAUGCAUUAGACAUAAAACUGUAUUCUGACCAUACUGAAGGAGGUGUUGCAAUUCAAAAAGAGGAUAUCGAUGCAUCUCCAGAAACGGAAAUAAAAUCUGAAGAUCUGUAUUCUGAUCCUUCUAAUGAAAGCGAUACAACUAAAAGAGUUGUCGAUGUGAGUUCAGGGCCGAAAAUAACAUCCAAACUUGUAAACGGUACCACAACACAGAAACGAAAGAAACUUGCAGUUGACGAAGAAAUACUUUUAUACUGUAACUUAAACUGUCAUGUAUGCUCAGAAAACUUUAAAACAUUUAACGGGCUAAUGCGACAUUGCAAGAAAACUCACAAUCAACAAGGCCACGUGAUUUGUUGUGAUCAACGAUUCUUUCGAGCAUCGCGACUACUGAACCACAUCCAAGUUCACACAAAUCCAGACGCUUUCCAAUGUUCAGAAUGCAAGAAAAACUUCCCAUCGAAUAUCAGCCUUCGAAACCACUACAUCAAUGUACAUCUACCCGUGGAUGAGAGGAAAUUUGCAUGUGAUAUAUGUCUCAAAAAGUUUGCCAAGCGAAAUAGUUUAAAUGCCCAUAAGCUUAUUCACAAUACAGAAGAAGAAUUCGUUUGCGAAAUAUGCAGCAAAAAAUUUCCAAAAAAAAGUUCUUUGAGAACUCAUAUCAAAUCCAUACAUGAAAGAUCAACCGAUUUCAUGUGCGAUAUUUGCUCCAAACAACUCAAAUCUAAAUAUGCACUUAAAGCUCAUCUAGCCGAACACGUAGAUAACGAACGUGUUCCCUGUACUGUGUGUGGUCAGUUCAUGAAAAACCAAAAUAGCCUGAGAAAACACAUGAAGGGACACACGGAAACAUCAUUGACGAUUACCUGUGACAUAUGUGGAAAACGAUCACCGACUACUGGCGCUCUGAAGAAGCAUAUACGAGACCAACACAAAAUUCAGCCCACUCAUCAAUGUACCAUGUGCGAUAAAAGCUUCAAAAGAUCGAUUGCUCUGAAGGAACACAUGUCUACCCACACAGGUGAGAUGCUGUACUCCUGUGAGUUCUGCGACAGAAAAUUUAAUAGUUCAGCAAAUCUUAGUUCCCAUCGCAAGAAGGUUCACCCUCAGGAAUGGCAGGAAUACCAACAAAGUAAACCGAUUUUCAGUGGCAUUACUUCUUUGAACAAAAAUGAAUAGGUGUAAUGUAGCGUAUCGACAACAACAUAAAAAACAAGCAGACAAAAAAUGAAUAAAAUAUUUACCUACAUCUGACAAAGUAUUUGAGC